AUGACAAAGAACGGAGCCUACACUACGAAAACGGGUUAUGUUCUGUUACAACUGGAAACAGAGCAACCGAACACAACUCAGUUUAAUUGGCAAGCCAACAUCUGGAAACUCCGCACGUCACCAAAGAUUAAAACAUUCCUCUGGAAAGCCGCGGUUAAUGGUCUCCCAGUGGGAGAAGCGCUGCAAAGGCGCGGCAUUGAGGUGGAUGGUUUGUGCAAGCGGUGUGGAGCUUUGGAAACGGUUCAACAUAUGUUGAUCUCGUGCCCUUUUGCCCAAGCGGUUUGGGAGCUAGCACCUGUCACAAGCCCGCAUAGAUUAUUGAUAGGAGACUCAGUGAGCGAACUGCUUAGCAAAGCAAAGAAGUGGAUUAAUCUUCCCCCCUCUGGAUGCACGGCUCACUUACAUGCCUGGAUUUGA